AUGAACCACAUCGAUGUGUGCAAAAAGUACCGUCUUAGAAAGACCGAUCUGUGUGGAGGAUAUUCCAUAUCACCAUGGAGAGUAGACACAAAUGGUGAAAAAAACUGCACCGAACGAAGAAGGACGAACCAUCAACGGGAUGGAAGCAGAAGUGGUUUAGCGUCCAAACAAAAAGGAUUAGAUGGACAGAAAAAAAAAAACUCCUUUCCCCCAGUCGGCACAAUUCUUAAUAGAUCUAUGCUGGACAAAGGAAUUGAAACAAUUUGGAAUUUUCUAAAAAGGGAUGAAGACAAUUCCGUGGAUUUGUUCAACAUCGAUGUUUAUUCAUCCUUGACAGAAAGAGGAAAAGAAAAAUUUCAAAAAAUUAUUUUACCUUACCUCUUAUACAACGCGCAGAAAGUGGAUGGACUAAAAAAUAUUUUAUUCGAAGAUGAGGCUAAUCCAAGUGGUCACUUCCACUUUAAGAAUGCGUGCCAGGUGAAGAGAGUAGCUAACGAGAAUGACUUGUGCUUGCUGGCAAAAUGGGAAGGGGCAAUUAGUUUGGAGAUGAAGGAACACCCCCCCGAAAUGUUGGUUAUAUCGAGAAAGGCCUUUUUUAAGAUAAUACAGAGGGAAUGCUUUGCUAAAGAUGGAAUAAAACGUAAGAAUGAUGUGCUACUAAGGACGGUCCUACAAAUGGGGAAAUAUAAGGAGGUGUUCUUUUCCAAUAAUGGGGGGAAUGAUCUUCUACGGGGAGACAUUUCAGAGGGGUACAUUACCCUUUCCGAUUGGAAGAAGUGGAGCAAGCCGAGCUGCAAAACGGGAGAACCUCCCCUCUUGAGGGAAGACUACCAUGUGAUGGAAAAGGAAAAUGUGCUCAAUGAUGUCAUCCACGAGAGCAUAAUGCUGUUGUCGAAAAGUAGUGGACUCAGACGUAGCGCAGAAAAGGACCCAUCAAAGGGCAAACUUAAGAGGAGAAAAUUCACUCAAAUGAGGUGCUCCAGAAGGGAAAAGAAAUGUGCCGACCCGAUGAGAAUAUUGAAGGCGUUCCUAAAAAAGGACGCCAACGGGGUAGGGAACAACAGAGCGCUAAGCGAACUGCGUGAAUGCACCUUUCAGCCGAAUGUUCGCAAGUUUGUGGAGGACGAAAUGAAACGCAUGGCACGAGAAAAAACGCGCGAGAGGGAGAAAAAUGGGGAGAUGCACAUCAAAGCGGGUAUCGAUCUUUGUGUCGAUGCAAAAGCUGAACUGGAGGGUCUGUUCAAACGGGCAGGUGGUCACAUAAUAAGCGAUGUGCACAAACUCCUGUUGGAAGAGUCCUCAACCGAGCAGGCGAAUGGAGGGAUGGAAAAUGAGCACAUCGCGAAGUAUCUGCAAACGUGCUGUCUGUCCUACGGGGUUGAUAUGGAAAAAGAGUCAAAACAAAGUACAUAUAAGCGUCACAAUACCACGCGGCAACCAACUCACAGGGAGAGCAGGAAUAUAUGGCGCAGCAGGACACCAAAGAAAAGUAAUAAUCCUUUCGAAGCAACCAUGAUGGGUACGCGAAAAACUGCUAAUGUUAGAACUCCUAAUGGGAAAAGUGCCUGGGCUGAUGGACUUCGCGGAGGCUACCUAAGUAAUUACUUUAACUUCUCAGUUGUGGAAAAAAAGGGUCCACUGUGCGGGUUGGCUACCUGCAAAUCCGAUUACAGUAGGGACAUACGACUGCAUGGCCGAAGGCUAAAAACGAAAGUUGUACCUAAUGUGGACUUAUCGAAUGACAUGCUUCCUUCGGCCUUUUCAAAUGCAAAUUGUCUUGCCGAGGGGUCGCUUUUAUCAAGUUGUAAUACCAGGGUUGAUGAUGCCAAGAACAAAAUUGACGACGCCAGGACCAUCAACGUCAACCGUGGUGGGAAAAAAAAACAACCAUCCUGGGGUAGUCAACCUUUUCUUCCAUUUCACAACAGUGGAUUGGCAAGUGCAAAAUGGGAAUCUCAAAAUGUGAGAGCUGAGAUGAGCAAUCAGCUGGGCGGAAAAGUAACCGGAGGGUGUUCCUCAUUUUCGCCAAAUAACCCUCCGAAAGUUAUUGCGGUGAAGUGGGAAAAGUCACUGGACGAUAUAGAGAAGGAGCUGUUGUGCUUGCCCCAGUCGGUCCGCUACGUAGAGAUUUGUUAA